UACAAUUUUAAUGUGAUUUUAAAAUGGUGUAAUUACGUGUUUAUCUGCGUUACCAUGGUUACUGGCGCCUCUCACAGACCAACGCGCGCGUUUUCUAAACAGCGUCUUUAGGAGCGGUUCAGCUGCGCUACCUCUCGUCACCUCUGUCUCCUCACCAAGAUAUUUAGGUUAGAAAGCCAUGCCUAAUAUUAGAAAAACGAAGCGUUCCACCAGAGGCUCAGUGGUUGUCCACUCUGAAGGAACUGUAGUUACACCAGCUGCAGCACCAACUGCACAAUUAAGCAUUGAUAAACUCUGUGAAGAGACCAAACGGCUUAAUGAGGAAACAAGGUUCUUGAAAGAGGAGAACCGCCUCUUAAAAGAAGAAAAUCGACUCCUUAAAGAAGAAAAGGAUUUCCUUCGUGAGCAACUUGGCAAGAAAGAGACUGGGAGUACUUCUAAAUCUGCAAAAGGUUCCAAGAAGAUAAGGAAGAACUACUCAUCAGACUCUUCCAGCUCUUCUGAAUCAUGGUCUCACUCAGACUCUGAGUCAGAACAAGAGAAAAGAAAGAAGAAAAGAAAGAAACACAAAAAAGCAGCUGCCUUUGGGAAAAGAGUAAAGUGCCCCGAAGAUGUCUUACAUCGAUACAAGGCAGUACUUAAAGAAUUUCAGCGAACAAGGAGUGUCACCGUAAGCUGUGAGAAACUGAAUGUAGACAGGAACACCAUUGCGCUGACUGCGAUUAUAGCAGAAGUCACCAUCGCUGCACAAGGGCAGGACAUUGGGCUAGUUCCAGAGUUCAGAGAGGAUGAAACACUGAAUCAUUUUGCUCAAAGAUGCAAGGCCUUUCUAGAUGAAAAUGAGGAGCUCAGGGACAAAAUCAAAGAGCUGAAAAAAAGGUCAGAGCUUAUCCCAAUAAAGCAAAAGUUUCGUAGAUAAACUUAUCUGAGCUCUUCCUUGUGUGCCUUGAAAUGCUCAAUGUUGAUGUUUAUUGUUCUGAGGGUUAAAUCAUUCUUACAGAAAUAUAUUCACAAUUAAAAUAAUGACAUAAUUGCUUUUUCUAACUGUUUAGAUCUGUUCACAGCUUAAUAUUUUAAAUGUUACUGUUUUAAUGUCUCUGGACAGAAAGAUUUAUUCAUUUUUUUUAAUAGGGCAGGUUGACUAGUCCAAAUAUACUGCAGUGUUCAGUCGGUAUGCAUGCAUUAUACGCUUAAGAAAUUAGUGAAAUUGUUCCAUUUACUUUCACAACAUACUUACCUGGUAAGAUUUACUAUUGUAUAAUCUCAUACAGGAAUAGUGUCAAAAGAGAUUUUUCAAAAGUGUUAAUAAACCGUUUCACCAUUGUGAGAAAUUCUGUUUUGUUUCGAAGUUGUAUGUUGUUCUUUUUGAAGUGCUUAUUUGUUGACCUACAUGAUAAGAAUUGAGUAAAACCAGAGAAAUGAGCUCUGC